AUGAGCUCUACACUGUACUUGAUCGGCUUCAUCAAGCGUCGCCCCGACCUCACCCAAGAGCAAUUCUACAACUACUGGCGCAACGUCCACGCCCCCAAGAUUGCAUACUGGGCCAAGAAACACGGAAUCACGGGUUACACGCAGGUCCACACCUCCAACGUCCUCCGGCAGUCCUUGACUGCAACGCCACUCCCUAUUGCCGUCAUGGAGUAUGACGGCGCGGUGAUAUGGGAGAUUUCGAGCUUGGAGCGCUAUAUGAGUGCUUUUUCCGAUCCUUACUAUGUCAAUGUGAUUGCGCCGGACGAGUACAACUUUCUUGACAAGAGCCAGGAGACGGCUAUGGUGACUUUGGGCAGCAUUCAUCAUAUUGUUGCCGGGGGAGAAGCUCUCAUUGACUUUAUUAAAGAGGCGAAACCAUUGAACGCAGAGGAGGGGACAGCAGAUGAUUCCACACAUGCGGACAGGGAGUAG